AUGAUAGUGACAAUACAGUUGGUUGCUGGGAUGAUUACUCUUUCUUCGGUGCUUAAGGAACAACACAGAAAAAACCCAAGACCCCAACGUAGCAACAUUGGCCUAAUCAGCUAUGCAGUUGCAGAUGCCCUGAUGCUUCUUGGGGACCAUCAGCAAAGGAAAGCAUUACCCUUCCUUAACAUGCGCUUUGAUCUCACAUUAUCAAGUCUUUGCCUUCAAUCAGGUUUGGACAUCCGAAAUCUUGGCGCAGUGGGGUCGGACAAUGAAUUAUUCCCUUUAGCAGCUCUAAAUUGCAAUAGUUUCUAUAGAAUCAAAUUACUUAUGAUCACAAUUGCAAUUGGUUUGCAAACAAGAUACCAUAACAAAGAAGAUAAUGCCACUUAA